UGUCUCUCUCUCUCUUUUCUACAUCAGUCUCUUUAAGCAAACUGGGACACAGAAGAAACUUAAAAGUCUUCUUAAGGUUUCUCUGUGCUGUUCUUGUUUUCUUUGGAAAAUGCAGAAGCACAAAUGCAAGCUCUGUUCCAAAAGUUUCUGUAAUGGCAGAGCACUUGGUGGUCACAUGAAGUCCCACUUGGUCUCAUCGCACACGCCCACUCGGAAGAAGCUCCUCGGUGACUCGGUUUAUUCCUCUUCGUCUUCCUCGGACGGUAAAACUCUGGCCUACGGGUUGCGAGAGAACCCGAGGAAGAGCUGCCGGGUCUUUAACCCGGAUCCUGAGUCAUCCACUGUUUACAACAGCGAGACCGAGACCGAACCUGAGUCAGUGGAGCCGGUUCGGAAACGAGGCAAAGCAGAGGUUUCAAAGAAGAAGAGAGUGUUAAAGAACUCGUCCGAGUCGGGAAAGAAGCAGAAGAGGAGUAAAAGCAACUCGGACGAGUCGCCAGAGCCGGCGAGCUCUGUCUCCGACGGCUCUCCGGAACAGGAUUUAGCCAUGUGUUUGAUGAUGCUCUCGAGAGAUUCAAGGGAGGUUAAGCUGAAGAAACCCAUUAUCGAAGCGGAAAAGAGACAUGUCCCGGAGCUCCGCCGCUGUACGAUAGAUCUGAAUCUUCCUCCGCCGCAAGAAAGCGAUGUUGUCGCCGUUGUCUCGGCCAUAUAAUACAGUUGAGGUUUGCAGAGAUGAUCAAAACUUAAGCAUCUUGUUGAUUUGGCUUUAAUUCAAGAUCAUAUUAUAUUCUUUAAAUUAGGAAACCAUUUUAUUGGUUUUGGAAUCUUGAGAUGGUCUUUAUCAGAACAAUGUACUUUUGAUGUAAGACAGAAGCAAACCCCAAGAAA